ACUGCAUCAACACAUUAACCCAACUCUUAAAAAUCUGCAACGGUAUUUUGUGGAAACAGAGCUUCAAAGGAAGAGGAAUCUACUGCAAUAUAUACAAGAUGAAUUACUCAAGAUCUGUUUCAGCUUUACUACUGGUAUUAGUCUUUUCAGCAGGCCUUUGCACAGGGAAAACACCGAGGCAGCCCAGCCCUAGUCCAUUCACUCCUCGGGUGAAAAAGCAAGGUUCUGUUUUUCGACAAAUUGCUAUGGGGUUAGCCUUUGGAGUUAUUAUAACCAGUUCAGUUUUAAUUCCCAUCGUCUUUUAUUACUGUUGCUUUUGCUGUAAGAAGAUUUAUAACGUAUGGCAUGGUUACAGACCAGAUAUUGUUUUGAAAAUUUCCAGGCGAAGUCAAGCUGUUCCUUCUCACCAAACUGUUUAUCGACCUUUUGCUAUGCAUCAACAGCCGCAACCAGUUCCUUUAAAUGGAACACAGUCAUCAAUCACCACAGUUUGAGCUGCUGCGAUUAUGCUCACCCCUUCCUAGUUAUUAUGCAUUUGCUGAUCUAUGUGUUUUAAUGUAUAAGUGAGAAUUCAGCUUACUGUAUUAAUUUGCUAAUCGGAUUUUUCUAAGAUGGCCAUGUUUAAAUGCCAGUUAUUGCCCGUUUAUUGUUUCAUCUUUUUCACUAAAAUUAUAAAUAUAUAUGUAAUAAUAAAAUUCCAUAGUCAAGAAUACACUUAAAAUUCUAACUGUAUGUUCUUUUCAUUUUUAAUGGCGGCCUUCUCUUAUUUGAAAGUACG